AUGGUUCAGAAUAUUCAACUAACAGGGUAUGCCCCAAAGUUGGCACUAGUUAACAAUCCCGUCAUUGGGUUCACAGAGGAAGAUGCCCGACGUCUCUACCACCCACACGAUGAUGAACUCGUAGUCAAUAUAUGGGUAGGUGACUACAAUACCUACAGGGUGCUGGUAGACAAUGGAAGCUUCGCUGAUAUUUUGUACUAUCCGGCCUUCCAACAAAUGAGAAUAGAGAAGGAACGAUUGAUCCCAACCAAUGCCCCGCUCAUAGGAUUUGGAGGAACACAGGUGUACCCACUAGGUGCGGUCACCCUAUUGGUGACAGUCGGAGAUUACCUUUAG